UUUAGACAUCAUCAGGUGUGUCUUGACUUCUUAUUUAUCUUUAAUUUAAUUUUAAUUGUUCAGCAUAUAAAAUAAUCAUGGCGUUCAGAUUCCUCUUCCUCGUCCUCCCAGUGCUAGUGCAUGCGCGCAUCAACGUGGAAAUCGACGGCAAGUUCCAAAAUGAGAACUCCGACAUGAAGGUCCACUUCUCUGGUAGCCAGAUGGACACCAUCUCCGACCAAGAGCGAGCCAGCUUCAGCCUUGAAGACAACAAUCUUAAGAACGCCGUCAACGCAUACUUCGGUAAACGCCCUGAUGACGCCUACCUCAGAAGCCCGACCCCUUGGGGAGAUCUGUACAGGACCUACAACUGGCAACAGGUUGCAAGAACCCUAAUCCCGAAAAGCAGCAAAGUCUUAAAGAUCAAAUCCCAGCCUUUGAUCGUCAUGCAGCAAGUUUUUGAGAACAACAGCACGAUGCCAGCUACUUUCAACGUCGGAAUCUCCCACUCUGUUGAGAACCGCGUGUCUUCUCACUGGACGAAGAGCGGCGAGCUUUCUUUGACGCAGGAGAUCAGCUAUGGCAUCGAUAUUGAAGUCGCCAACUUCGGUGGUUCUACGUCAUUCAGCUACACUUCUGGUUGGGGUAUCGGUGCUGAAAAGUCAGAAACUGUGACCAUUGGUGCUACGUCAUCCAUGAAUGUUUUGCUCCAGCCUGGACAAUCUGUGACCACUGAGCUCUUAGCUACCAAAGGCACCAUUCAAAUUGAAGUGGAGUACAUGGCCAGCUUAUCUGGAGCUGUGGCUGUGAACUACGACAAGGUCUACAAGGGUCACCACUACUGGGCGCUUCCAAUAGAAGCCGUCAUGUCUCAGGGUGGUCUGAAGAACGAGAUAAUGUCUAAGGAGAUCAUUGAAAUCGACUUCUACUCUCAAUCGAAGGUGAUCGUCCAUGACAGGAAUACUCGCGCCAAGAUGUUGGAUGUUGCUUUCUGAACUGAUUGAUAUUUUAAUAAAUUUUGUAUGUAUUUUUA